AUGAGUUUCGAGGAAAGUGAAUCUUUAUUGGUGGAUAGCAAUGCAUCAGAUAUUGGAAUAUGGUCGUCUCCAAGUCCCAGACAAGUCUUGCGAGUGGCAUUGAAUUUAAAGUACUUGAUUGAUCAAGUCAUCCCAAUCCAACUUGAUCUUGAAUUGAUUACUAACCCUUACUCUGAUAUUCUUACCACUAAAGUUGUUAAUUUGGCAAUUGAAGCUGCAGGAGGUAAAGGUGAAGGUAAAGUUGGCACUACUUCGAGAAGGUAUAGGGCAGUUUUGAUUUAUUGUUUAUUGAUAAAUGCUAAAUGGUAUCGAGCAUUAUCAUUAUCUGAAUUGCACGAUGCAGAGCUUCAUCUUUCCAGAAUGACCGCUGCUGCCCAGUUGGCCAAAAUCAUCAUUGAACAAGAGGAAGAUGAACACUAUUUAUUUAUCGAGAUGCUAUGUCGCCGCUAUGUUAUCAACGUGAAUGAUAAAGAUUCAGAUCCUUUCAGUGCGUUAGAAUUGGCAGUGGAUUUGCAUUCUACGAUUGUCAUUGGUUCAAGUGGCUAUCAAAAAUGUAUUAAAUGGCUUUGGAGAGGGUGGAUUGUGCAAUCAGAUCAAGAUGCUACCAAAUACGAGAUUUAUAAAAAUAUAAGCAAACCAGGUUAUUGGAACCACUAUGAUCCAGAUCGUAUCAAAACUCCUGCAUAUCAAAACUUGCUACAGAUAUUUGUUUCUGUCAUUUAUUUGAUGCUUUACAGUAUAGUCAUCAACUCCUUGGACUAUGAUGUGAAUUUGGGAAAAGCGGAAAUAUUAUUUUAUUUGUUCACACUUUCAUUUGUGGCCGACGAAAUAGUCAAACUAUAUCAUGUGGGAUAUAACUAUAUCGGAUUCUGGAAUGCUUUCAAUGAUACAAUGUAUGCUAUUAUCACUUCCAGUUUUAUCAUUAGAAUGAUUGCUUUUUCCAAAAAUUUCGAUAGCCCAUCCAGGGCAUCUUAUAAUGAAGUAGCCUUUAGAGUUUUAGCCUGCGCAGCUCCUUUGAUGUGGUCGCGGUUGCUUUUGUUUUUGGAUUCUGAGAGAUUUGUUGGUGCUUUGCUUGUGGUGUUAAAGGUGCUUUUUAAAGAAUCGAUGCUCUUUUUCUUCUUAUUGAUUGUGAUUAUUAUUGGAUUCCUACAGGCCUUUUUAGGCUUAGACUCUGCUGAUGGAAAAAGGGAUAUUACAAUGUUAUUAUUGCGUGUCAUGUUCACGACCAUUAUUGGCGAAGGUGAUAUUGAUUCCAUUAGUAACUUUACUUCCCCCUAUGGCGAAAUAUUGUAUUAUUUUUACUCAUUUUCUGUCACAGUUAUUUUGUUGAACAUUUUGGUUGCCCUCUAUAAUACUGCUUAUGAGAAUAUAAUUGAAAAUGCCAACGAUGAAUAUUUGGCGCUUCUUGCGCAAAAGACCCUUCGAUACAUUCGAGCCCCUGAUGAAGAUGUUUUUGUUCCUCCAUUGAAUUUGCUUGAGUUGUGUCUUUUGGUAAUCCCAUUCAGUUGGUGGUUGAAACAUAGAACUUAUCAAAAAUUGGCCACUAAAUUGAUGGUGCUAAUUUAUUCCCCAUUGCUCAUUUAUGUUGCUGUUAAAGAGUCAAAGGACGCUAAAAGAGUUCGAUACAACAGAAUGCAUGGUUUUGGAGACGAUUCUAAUGAAGAAGAUCAGGAAUUUGAUUUGGAAGACGGUUUUGAUAGCGAUGAUGAAACAGGUAAUAGCAGAAUGUCUCGAGGCUUAAGAUCCCAGCAAUUGGCUGAGAACGAAGAUCCCGAGUUCAGCGUCGAUAAAGCUACUUGGAAGGGCAGAAUCCAAAAAAUUGCACCUCAGCUUGAGGCUGCCAAUGAAGUUGGGAUCAAAUGGGAUCAAUAUAUUUUGUUCAAAGAGGUCGCCGAGUUGAAGUCUCUUGUCAAGGAUGUUUUGGAAGAAAAUAAAAAACUACGUAAGGAAUUAAGCAAACAGUAA